CCCUUUGUUACACUUUCUGCCUUCUCCCUUCUUCCUUCCAUUUUUUCAUAUCUUCCUUUCAUUAUUAUCUUAAAUCAUUUAUUAAUUUAUAUAUAUAUAUAUCUUAUAAUUAUAAACAAACCCAAUUUAGUUUUUGUGUAAAUUAUAUAACCCAAAGUUUAUAUCUUUAAAAAAAAUUCAAAGAUUGAAUUUUAAUUUAAUUGCUUUAAGUAAAUACUCAAAUUUAGAGAAGAAGUAAUUAUGAAAUUCUGCAAGACAUACCAAGAAUACAUGCGUAAUUUGGAGAGUGAAUUCCCUGAAGUUGGAUUAAAAAAAUUGAAGAAAAUUCUCAAAAAUUGUAGGCAUGAUCUUCAAUCCCAUAAUUCUAGCUUUACUGAUGAUUUAACUCCUUCUAAAUGCCCUCAUCAAUGUUCUGUAUGUGAUGGCACAUUUUUCCCAUCACUUCUAAAGGAAAUGUCUGAUGUUGUGGGUUGUUUCAAUGAUCGAGCUCAAAAGUUGCUUCACGUACAUUUAGCUACUGGUUUUAAGAAGUAUUAUGUAUGGUGUAAAGGCAAGCAGAAUCAUGUGUCCUUGAUUCAGGAAGGACAGGAUCUUGUUACUUAUGCCAUGAUCAAUGCUAUCGCUGUCCGGAAAAUUCUUAAGAAAUAUGAUAAGAUUCAUUACUCUAAGCAAGGACAAGCAUUCAAAUCCCAAGCACAGAGUAUGCACAUUGAGCUCCUACAAUCUCCAUGGCUUUGUGAGCUUAUGGCUUUCCACAUUAACUUAAGGGACAAAAACUCGAAGACCCGAAAGUCGGCUUAUCUGUUUGAGGGUUGCUCCCUUAAAUUUAGUGAUGGAAAGCCAUCUUUUACUUGUGAGCUCUUUGAUUCAGUGAAGGUUGAUCUUGAUUUGACUUGUUCUAUUUGUUUGGACACAGUGUUUGAUCCUGUUGCGCUUACGUGUGGACAUAUCUUCUGCUAUAUGUGUGCUUGCAAUGCUGCUUCAGUGACUAUCGUUGAAGGUCUGCGGGCAGCAUCUUCGAGGGAGAAAUGUCCUUUAUGCCGAGAGGCUGGCGUGUACGACGGUUCUGUACACUUGGAUGAGCUGAAUAUCCUAUUGAGCCGAAGGUACCACGAAUACUGGAAAGAGAGACUUCUAUUGGAAAGGGCCGAGAGAUUAAAGCAAGCGAAAGAACACUGGGAAUCUCAAUGUCGAGCUAUCAUGGGAGUCUGAAAUAAACGCACUCUGUUGAUCUCAUCGCUUUUACUUUGUUAGUCUGUCUUCUUAACUUUGCUUAAUAGAAUUGCCCUCGUUUAGGAAUCCUCAUUGUUUUCCCUUACACAUAAUUGUCGUUUUCUGUUUAAUUAUAAGCAUGAUCGGCUUGGAUGUUAGAGUUUCGAAAAUGAUGUAAUUUAGGGAUUUCAUUUUGUUAAUGCCUAUUAUUCUUCCUGAUAAUAGAAAAAAAUUACAGCAAGUCUGCAUGAAACUGUCUCAUCAUGACAAGUUGUGAACAAAUUUAUGCUUUGUACAAAGAGCUUGUUAUAUGUAUGUUUAUUCAACUUUGCUCAGUGAUUUGCAUAUGCAGCAUCACGACUAAACUACCGUGAUUUGAGAUGCUAAAUGAUGGAUAGUUUUUGCUUUUUAUUUCGAAUUAGGCUAUAGAAUCCCUAUAAGAGGGGAGAAAAAUAAUCUGGGGAUUAAACUCCUGUCAUAAAAUUCUGUAAAUGGUGAGACUUGCACCCCUGUCACAAGAUUUUCAACUUUCAGGUAAU